GCUGCGAUGGCAUCCCCGCGAGGAUGGCAGUGGGGAGAGCCACGAGCGUUCGGCCGGGCAGUGAAACUGCUACAGCGCUUGGAAGAGCAAUGCAGGGACCCCAGACUGGUUAUGGGGCCCCCGUCGCUGCGGGUCCUUCUGCCCCGCACCGCUCAACUACUUCGAGAAGUGGCAAAAGCCCGGCGCGAGGCUGAGGGAAACCCCGAGGGUCCCGGUGGCGCUGGGGAUUAUCUGGUCAUCUACCUGGCCAAUUUGGAGGCCAAAGGCAGGAAGGUGGCCGAGCUGCUGCCACCCCGAGGCAAAAAGGAUGCGAACGAGGAGGUUUUCCGGGAGGGCUCCAGAUUCAGGCGACAGCUGGCCAAGCUGGCCCUCAUCUUCAGUCACAUGCACGCAGAGCUGAGUGCACUCUUCCCUGGGGGGAGGUACUGCGGACACCUGUACCAGCUCACUAAGGGCUCUGCCCACACCUUCUGGAGGGAGCACUGUGGAAUCCGGUGUGUGCUUCCCUGGGCGGAGUUCCAGUCCCUGCUGUGUGCUUGCCACCCUGUGGAACCAGGCCCCAUCACCCAGGCUUUGCGUUCCACCUUGGACCUCACCUGUAGUGGUCAUGUGUCUGUCUUUGAGUUUGACAUCUUCACCAGGCUCUUCCAGCCGUGGCCGACCCUACUCAAGAACUGGCAGCUCCUGGCUGUCAACCACCCCGGCUACAUGGCCUUCUUGACCUAUGAUGAAGUCCAGACGCGCCUACAGGCCUGCAGGGACAAACCAGGCAGCUACAUCUUCAGGCCCAGCUGUACUCGCCUGGGGCAGUGGGCUAUUGGGUACGUGAGUCCCGAGGGAAGCAUCCUACAGACCAUUCCUCCCAACAAACCCCUGUUCCAGGUGCUCCUGAAAGGACAAAAGGACGGCAUCCUCCUCUACCCUGAUGGAAAGAACCACAACCCAGAUCUGACCGAGCUGUGCCACGCAGAACUCCACCAGCGCAUUGAGGUAUCAGAGGAGCAACUGCAGCUCUAUGAAGCCAUGAACUCCACAUUUGAGCUGUGCAAGAUCUGUGCUGAGAGGGACAAGGACGUGAGGAUCGAGCCUUGUGGGCACCUUCUCUGCAGCCACUGUCUGGCUACCUGGCAGCAGUCGGAGAGCCAGACCUGUCCCUUCUGCCGUUGUCAGAUCAAAGGCCACGAGGCUGUGAGUAUCUGUCAGGCACAAGAGAGGUCCGUGGAGUUUAGAGCCACUUCAGAGGACGCCAGAGACAACUGUCACCAAGAGACUGCGUGGAAUCUGGACCCGGUGACUCCCGCUGCUCCCCCACUGUCCCCGGAAGAUCCAUCCCCUAGGAGACCCCAAGGCAAUGGCUGGCUGACAGUGGCACCCCUCACCCUGCCCAGACUCCGAGCUCCCCUUCCUUUACCAAAAAUGGCCUCGGUUAUGUGGGAGGUCCCCACCAGGCCCCAGACCAGGGAGGGGGCCACAGGAAGCUCCUGAGUGGGAAUUCACCCCUCCAGCUGGCCCUGUGUGGCCCCCAGAUGUGUCCAAG